ACUUCAAUAGAUCGAACAAAAAUGUAAACAAUGCAGUAACAAGUUAAAAUUUUCCGCAAAAUAUCACACCAAUCUCGCAUUGUUUAGCGAUUUCAGUGAUUAUUCAAAACCAUUAUACAAGUAUUUUUUUUGCUUUUAUUGUCAGUAAAAUAUCGUCACAACUGAAAUUGUUAAUAUGCGGUACACAAUUGUUUGAACAUACACAUUUACUUAUUGAGUCUAGUCACACAUACACAGUAUACUCAUUACAUAACCCCUAAAAUUUCAACAUUGAACGCGGUUUGUUUGAUUUGUGUAGGAAAUAUAGUCCAAAACAGGCACUUUCAACAAGAAAUUUCGUAGCAACUCGGCAAAAAUGGCUCUCAGAUCGAUGAUCCGUUCGCUGACCACCGGAACGAAACGAUGUUUCAGCAGUAUGUAUGAACCGGACUAUCUCGAGAAACUGCGACCAAAGUUCCCGCUGUAUAAUACACUGAAUUUCACCAUCAAGGGCUACGAUUAUUCCAUUUUGGAGAGCUACCAGAAGUUCAUUCACAACGUAGGCGAUUCUAUGGAGUUGGACAUUGCGGACUGUUGGGCACAUACUCCACAGAAGUUCAACGUGCAAAAGUUCAAACCAGCUUCAGCGGUCAUUGAGAGUGAAUACAAAUUGGCUUUGUACGAACGUAACGUUCAGGUUGCAAACCUCCAGGCACCAUACUACCCCAUGUUUGUACGUCUUCUACAAGCGGCUCUACCCGAGGGAGUUACACUGGUAGUUACCGAACACACAGACGAGGUCGAAGAUGCCCGGUACGUUCCGGAUAGGGAUCUAAUCGAGCUGAAACAGAAACUGGAUGGAAUGGGUGGUCCGAAAGAGAAGAAAUAAUAUCCUUUGGGGAGUAUCGAAAUUAAAUAAAAUUAAAAAAAAGUU